GUCCAGCCCUGUCACUCCCAAUCCAUCUGUGAGCUUCCACAUCGACAAGCUUCCAUCAUCACGACACAACCCACCACCACCACCACCAACGACCCCGGCAACCUCAAUCAUUCAACCCAUCACGACCCCGCUCCUGACGAUCGAUUGACUUCCCCUCACUGGUCCACGAUUAAAUUUAUACCGACGACAGUUAAUCACAAAAGCAACAACAUCACCACUACUCGUCUUCUUCCUCAACCCUCGGGGCAUCCAUCACGAUGGCGCUCGACAGCUACUAUCAAAACAAGAUCGAGGCCAUGAAACUCGAGAUCCUCAAGGGUCAAGCAGUCCUCCGCCGCCUCGAAGCCCAAAGAAACGACUACAACUCCCGUGUGAGGCUACUGAGGGAAGAGCUGGGCCUGUUGCAGCAGCCUGGUUCUUACGUUGGUGAGGUCGUCAAGGUCAUGAGCACGAAGAAGGUCCUGGUCAAGGUGCAUCCCGAAGGCAAAUACGUCGUCGACAUCUCCGACAAUGUCGACAUCACAAAGCUCACCGUCGGCAAGCGGGUAACCCUGCUUUCCGACAGCUACAAGCUCGAGAAGAUGCUCCCCUCAUCCGUCGACCCCCUCGUCUCCCUCAUGAUGGUCGAGAAGGUUCCCGACAGCACGUACGAUAUGAUUGGUGGUCUGGAUCAGCAGAUCAAGGAAAUCAAGGAGGUCAUCGAGCUCGGCCUCAAGCACCCCGAGCUGUUCGAGUCGCUCGGUAUCGCACAACCAAAGGGUGUCCUUCUCUACGGCCCCCCCGGUACGGGAAAGACGCUGCUCGCCCGUGCCGUCGCACAUCACACCGACUGCAAGUUCAUCAGGGUGUCCGGAUCCGAAUUGGUGCAAAAGUACAUUGGUGAGGGUAGUCGCAUGGUUCGCGAGCUCUUCGUCAUGGCCCGCGAGCACGCUCCCUCCAUCAUCUUCAUGGACGAGAUCGACUCCAUCGGUUCCUCCCGUGUCGAGGGCUCAUCCGGCGGCGACUCCGAAGUCCAGCGCACCAUGUUGGAGCUACUCAACCAGCUGGACGGUUUCGAGCCCACCAAGAACAUCAAGGUCAUCAUGGCCACCAACCGUCUCGAUAUCCUCGACCCCGCCCUGCUGCGUCCCGGACGUAUCGACCGAAAGAUUGAAUUCCCCCCGCCAAGUGUCGAGGCCCGUGCCGACAUUCUCCGCAUCCACAGCCGCAAGAUGAACCUGACAAGAGGCAUCAACCUCACAAAGAUUGCCGAGAAGAUGAACGGCUGCUCCGGAGCCGAGCUCAAGGGUGUCUGCACAGAGGCCGGCAUGUACGCCCUGCGUGAGCGCAGAGUUCACGUCACCCAAGAGGACUUUGAGCUCGCCACCGCCAAGAUCCUCAACAAGCACGACGACAAGGAGGUGUCACUCGGCAAGCUCUGGAAGUAAGUGCAUGCGCAGCUGGCGGGGGGUGUAUGCAACGAGAGGGAGAAGGAGAAAAAGAGCAGCAAACGAUCGACGAAGACAUGUUUACUCGGCUGGCGGGGGUCGACAGGCAGGCAGGCAGGCAGGGCGGAAGAUUCAGGAGAGAAGGCGGCGGUGGAAAUAGCGUCUGCGCCCAUUUGCGCGCGCAUGUGGCGCUUGUACGGCUAAUUAUGUACGACUACAUAGAAUCAUGGAAUCAGCCACCAUGACAUUACACCGUUCAUCACAUUUUCCUUCUGUCGUCUCCCUUUUUGGCGGUACCGGUAGGCGUUUGAUGCCACGUUCUCCGUCUCCGACAAAGUGACCUCACCUCGCCUCGACCAACGC